UGUUCCAUCUGCCACACUCGUCUUCUUUGCGCCAUGCUCUAUUGUGUGUAUCAGCAUGUUCUAGGAGUGUUCGUUUUGUUGGGUCUGGGAAAAUGCUGUGAUUACUCCAAAUCUAUUUGUGGAGCUAUGGCUCCAGGGGACAUCCUGAUUGGUGUACUACAAUCCUGUCACUCGAGAGUGGAGACUUUUCCUGAGACAAUAAACCCUCAGAGGUUCAAUUGCACUGAUUUUAACUUGGUAUCCUUCGUUCGGACCCUGGCAGUCAUCUACACCAUUGAGACAAUUAACAACUCUAGCUUCCUGCCAGGGGUUCGUCUUGGCUAUGUCAUCUGUGACACAUGCGCUGAUGCUAACAAUGCUCUGAAGAGUACUGAGCAAAUGCUAGCCAUCAAUGGUACCCUGCCAAACCUGUGUGAUGCCACUGAACAGCCAGCUGUAAAGGCCAUCAUUGGAGCACGCUAUUCAGAGGAGUCCAUCACUGUAUCCAGGUUUCUGAGUCUUAACAUGGUGCCGCAGAUCAGUACCACAUCAACAGCAGCAAUCCUGAGUGACAAACAACGUUUCCCAUCUUUCUUUCGCACCGUACCCAGUGACAUACACCAGACACGAGCACUAGCUCAGCUCAUGGCCUACUUCAACUGGACAUGGGUGGGUGUUGUGUCCGGUGAUGAUGACUAUGGCAAAGCUGCCCUUCAGAGCUUCUUGGCAGAUGCAGAGGAAGCACGCGUGUGCACUGCCUUCCAGGAAGUUGUCCCCCAUAAUCUCAACGACGAAAACAGUGACCGUCGUAUACAGGAGGUGGUGAAACACAUCAAAUCAUUAUCAGAAGCUCAAGUGGUAUUGUUGAUUCUCAAGGAAGAGCUUGUGCAAAGGCUAUUUAAAGAGAUCAUAAAGGAGGAUAUCAACCGGACCUGGAUUGCCAGUGAUGCCUGGUCUUUGUCUUUGCCAUUAGCCACAAUGAAGAACAUCAAUAUGUUGGGGGACAUAUUUGGAUUCAGCUUCAUCAAAGGUCCAAUCCCAGGGUUUGAGCAGUACCUACAGAGACUUUUACUGGCCACAGGGACUGUGAACCAGUUCAUUGAGGAGUAUAAGGACCUGAGGUGUUCCCCUGAGGUGCAGGAGUGCUUGCAUAAGAAUCAUGUCAACCAAUGUCCAUUGCCAAACUCUGUCAAGUUUGCAUCUCACUUAGCUUGCAAUUUGUCUGAUCUUCCAGAGCGAAAUGAUGAGUACUUAAUACGUAAUGUUGAGAUUGAACUUAUGUAUGGUGAGAAACUGGCUACAUGGUCAAUUGCCUACGCCCUCCAGUCCCUUCUCAAAUGCAAUCAGUCUGUUUGUCUUGGGGAAAGAAAUUUCCCACCUUGGAAGCUACUUCAAGAAUUGAAAAAGAUAAACUUCACUAUGGACAAUGGUCAGUUUUUCUUUGACAAUUCUAGUAGCUUUACAAACGGCUAUGACUUGGUUAACUGGGCCAGGACGGGAGAUGCAAGAACUUUCAAAGUUGUUGGAAAAUUCAAUAUAAUGAAAAAUGCUGUUGAAAUUAGUGAUAAUGAUAUCGACUGGAUAACUUCGGACAAAACGGUAAGAUUAACUUAGCAGAGCGCAUUAGUCCUACUUCUAACAGCUGCUAGUAAUAGGCUGCAUAUUUAGGGAGAUGGAUUUAGGAUGCAAAUGUGCUUUUAGAUUGACCAUAAUCCGGUCUGGGAUGAGAGUCAUAGUAGUGAAUAAUUUCCAUUGCAGAGUUAACCAGAGCUUAGUUAUUCCUAAUAAACCAAAGAGUAGAUUUUGGAAUGGCAAAGGUUUUAUGUUAAAACAUUGCUAAUAUAUUUAUUCGGUUUUAUCUGCAUCAUGAUUGCCAGCUUGACUUAUAUAGGAACUUCUUUGGUCCUUGUGUUGUUUUGCACCACCAACCGAUUCCAAAAACAAUUCCUUGAAUCAAGACAAUCUCUCUUGUGUAUUCACUAAUGACCCUAAAUCAAACCCACAAGCCAAUUCUCUGAAUCCUUAAUACACUUUAUUUGGAUAGUCAAUCUGUAGAUAUACUUUACAGACUACAUACAGAUAAUCAAUAACAUUUCAAUUAUCUAUCUACUAACACAAUCCCUAACCAUAACCAUUUCCCUAACUCUAAAACCUCCCUUUCCCUUAUUCUAAACCUAACCCUAAUCUUAAUCUUAAAUUUUUUUUUUUGUUGAUAUCUAGCUGUUAGUGAACAGACCUCUUGCAGUAUGCUCCAUGACUGGGCUACUGUAGGACAUAAACCUUUUUGUACUUCUCCUCUUGGCCUUGUUGGAUACUUUUCCUGAUGAAAUGUGAGUUUCCUCCCAAGCUUCAGUUAGUAAGUGGACUGGAGCAGGUUAUCCUGCAGUAUUUCACUGGAUUUUGCUCCUUUAUUCCAUCACUUUUAAAGAAGAUGCUCUGCCCCCCUGCUGAUGAGAAGCAACCUUACAUCAUGACCCUGCAAUCAUAAAAUUUCACUGUAGGGAACUGGUUCUGCCUCGCUGGCCAGCACUAGGCCACCAUAGACAGACCGCAUCCCUCUGGCCCACGAUAAAUCUUGAGGCAUAUCACCAUGCAUUUUAGCUGGGAGCAGGGAGAGAGGAAAGGGACCCUGAGGACUGGGUAAGCCAGCCCUACACUUACACACCUGAGACCCAUCAAGACCAUGAAAAUAUUAAAUGGCAGGAAAGAGCUUUUGGAGCUGAAUCUCUUAUCCGCAUGUCUCAGUCUGUCGCACUGUAGACGACGGAGACGAACCACUUUGAGAUCAGCCCGACCAGUCAGAGGGAGACCAGCUGCGAGCUAGAAAAGCUGCAUAAGUACUUGUGUUACUUUGGUUUUAAUUAUGCCCUGUACUUUUUUUUGUAGGACAAAAUGAAAUGAUUAAAUAUUUAGAUAAUUAAAAAAGAAUAAUAAUAA